AUGGAGGAGGCAGCGACGGCGCAGGCGCGGAAGGUGCAGCUGAGCGUGGCCGUGAUCGGGCACGUGGACUCGGGCAAGUCCACCACGGCCGGGCACCUGCUCUACCUGUGCGGCGCGCUCGACCCGCGCCAGCUCCAAAAGUUCGAGGCUGCGGCCACCCAGGCGGACGCGGCCGUCCUGAUGGUGUCGGCGGCGCCGGGGGAGCUGGAGGCGGGCGUGUCGCGGCAGGGGCAGACGCGGGAGCACGCGCUGCUGGCCUACACGCUGGGCGUCAAGCAGCUGGUGGUGUGCGUCAACAAGAUGGACCUGACGGAGCCGCCCUACAGCCAGCGGCGCUUCGAGGAGGCCGUGCGGGCCGUCGGCCUCUACCUGCGCAGGAUCGGCUACAACCUGGCCGCCGUGCCCUGCGUGCCCGUGUCCGGCUGGACCGGCGACAACCUCGCCCUGCCUAGCCAGAAGAUGAGCUGGUUCAAAGGCUGGCAGGUCAAACGGAAGGAAGGUUAUGGGAAGGGACAAACUCUUCUGGAAGUGCUAGACUCUCUUCUGCCUCCCGUGCGUUUGAGUAAUAAGCCCUUGAGGCUGCCUCUGCAGGAUGUCUACAAGAUUGGAGGAGUUGGUACUGUACCUGUGGGGAAGAUAGAGACUGGCAUUCUCAAACCAGGCAUGACUGUCUCUUUUGCCCCCACAAACCUAUCGGGAGAGGUCAGAUCCAUUGAAAUGCACCAUGAGCCACUGGAAGUGGCUUUUCCUGGCUAUAACAUAGGCUUCAACGUAAAAAACAUUGCAGUCAAGAACCUGAGACGGGGCCAUGUAGCUGGUAACUCCAGGAACGAUCCUCCUGCAGCAGCAGCUCACUUCAUAGCCCAGGUGAUUAUCCUGAACCACCCUGGCUUCAUCAGGGCCGGCUACUCCCCAGUGAUAGACUGCCACACGGCUCAUGUCACCUGCCAGUUUGCUGAACUCUAUGAGAAGAUCGACCGUCGCUCUGGGCAGAAGCUGGAGGAUAGUCCAUCUAUGCUGAAGUCUGGGGACUCUGCUCUCAUUAGGCUUAUACCUAGGAAGCCCAUGUGUGUGGAAAGGUUUUUUGACUUUCCAUCCUUGGGUCGCUUUGCAGCUCGGGAUUUGAAGCAGACUGUUGCAGUUGGAGUCAUCAAAUCAGUGGAAAAGAAAUCCACAGGCUCUGCUAGAAAACAAGUGCAGAAAGCUCUGCUUAUCUAGUGGAGUGCUGCCAGCUGUGUGAGAGGUUAAGUUUUACAAGCUACCUUCAUAGAGAAAUGUUCAUGGCUUGUGGGAUUGGUUUUGGGUUUUUUGUUUAACCUCAAGUUGAGGAUCUCUUAUGUUUAAUGCCGUGGGAUUAUUCAGUGUUUGAACAAUUAAAAGUCUCAUCUGCUCAG